AUUGGGAUUCAUCAUUACUCUGUAGAUCCCUCUUCAUCAUUUCACUUAUACAAGUCUUCUAGCAGUCUCAUCUUUUGGUGAUAUAAACUAGGAAUAUUGCUGCCUACUACAUCUGCAUCGAAUCUUCCAUCCGCCGAUUCUCAGGCACCUUGCCGUUCCAUUUGCCCUCGACUCGACCGAUCAGGCGCCCGCCAUAUCCCACCUGCGCCUGUCAUCCCCACCCUCAAAUUCUAUUUUUAUUUUUUAUUCCUGCGACCGAUAACCAUCCAAGGAUCACAAAUUCGACAUUGGUGUGAUUGUCUCUUAGGAGAUACGACUUUGCGUCGGCGUCAAACGGCGCCAUGGACACUAUGACGUUACGUCGCAAAGACACGACCAAGGGCCCUCCGUUGAGGGUUCUGUCGUUAGGUAUGGAACACUCCAUCGUCUGAAUGCCGUUCAAAACUGACCGAAGCAGACGGAGGUGGCGUUCGAGGAUACUCGAUGCUCAUCAUUCUCCAGGAACUCAUGUACCGCAUCUACGUCGAGACUGAAGGCAAAGCCCCGCGCCGAGACCAGAUCCCCAAACCCUGCGACCACUUCGACCUCAUCGCUGGCACCGGCACGGGCGGCCUCAUCGCCCUCAUGCUGGGUCGGCUACGUCUCGACCUCGAAACCUGCAAGGAAGUCUACGUGCGCAUGACCCGUCGCGUUUUCGAGACCGACAAGACCAUUGCCGGCAUACCCUACCGCUCGACCUUGUUCAAGGCGUCCAAGUUGGAGGAGGCGAUCCGGGAAUGUGUACGGGAACAUACGGUAUUCGAGACCGAGGGGAACGAUCUGCCCAAUGCCAGCUCGCGCAGCUCCGUCGCCAGCGCGCCUUACAGUCCCGCAUCGAUUCCACAGCGCUCCGUGAGCAGAGGCAGUUUCAGCACGUCUGGCGCUUCGCAUCCCUCGACGCCGAUCAGUCAGCGACAUUCCGCGAUCAUCAACGGGCUACGGUGGGGGAACCCGAAUGCUCUGCUCUACGAUAAUCGGGAAAAUCGGACAAAGACUGCCGUGACGACGUUAUACAAAGGCACUCCCCGCAACGGAUCCGCGGUGCUGCUGCGAUCGUACGACUCGCGCAAAGAGCCGCCUCCCGAAUUCAACUGCACUAUCUGGCAAGCCGGCCGCGCCACCUCGGCGACAGGGCUGGCGUUUAAGCCAAUUCAAAUCGGACAGCAUCUCUUUAUCGAUGAGGGUGCAGGUACCUACAACCCGGCGCCGCAGAUCCUGGAUGAAGCGGCUGUCAACGAGUGGCCCGGGCGGGAAAUCGGGGUGUUCAUCAGUGUGGGCACCGGCAAGCGUCCGCCGGGCACGAACAAUCGGCAGCACGAGUGGUGGGAAGAUUUCUUUGGCGAUGCUCUCGGCACAUUUGCCGAGGCGCGACGACGACUGAUCGCCAAGAUCGAGGGUUGCGAGGAGAUCCAUCAAGAGAUGCUUCGUACUCACCUGGCCAAGCGGGGAGUGAACAAGGACAACUACUACCGGCUGAAUGUCGAGGUUGGCGUGGGUGAGUUUGGCAUGAAUGAGUGGAACCGACUGGCCGACAUCAGCACCAAUACUCGACGCUACCUGUCCAAGCCAGAGGUAAAGAAAAGCAUCAUGGAUGCCGGGGUCAAGUUCGCAAAGAUCGAGCGCAUGCACCGGCGACUGGCUGCGCAUGCGGCCGCUGGAUAUGAUCCUUCAACAGAGCCAACCGAAGAUACGCCAUUCUCGCCUCAGAGCUACACUUCGCAAGGACCAGUAUUUUCCGUUCCGCCACCCUCCAACCCCAUGGCGGUGGAAUUGCCCGCAGAGCUACCUGGCGACUUUGCACCGAUCAUGACACAUCAGCCUCCGUCGAGCGGCUUGCGGGUGCCGUCCCCUCCGGCUGAGGAUACGCUGCCACCACACCCGACCCCGCAAGACGGCGUCUAUCCUUCAUCAGGACGGAUGUCUAGCGGUAGCUUCAGUUAUACUCACAGCGACGGGAGUCGGCCCGGCUCGCAGCAACAAAUGGCGUCGCCUCGGCUGAGCGUGGAGCAGGUGCAGGAGGGUAACAUACCACCUCCAGUGCCGCCAAAGACCCCGAUUCCGUAUCCUGAUAAUGCGAAUGAGGCACUGAUGCCGAUGCCCUUGAUGGUGCAUCAUGGUCGGAAUGGGUCUACUGGGAAGGUCCGCCCGCCUUAUCCCGUUGAUGAGCCUCCUCCAGCGGUAAACAAGCAGCGGAAACCCAGUUAUCAUGUGCGAUGAUUGAUUACUUCAUGUGUAGGAUAGUAUGACUUGGCUUGAGGCGUUACACCAUCUUUCGUUUUUUUGGGUUCGUCGCAUUGGCCUAUGGUUUAUGAUGUAUUU